CGCAUGCGUUCUACAAUCAAUUACACAUACAGUACCGGUAUAAUGUAUGUCAAGUCUGUAUGUUAAUUGGUAUACGGUAUACGGUACGUGUGUUUACAACCGAGUCCGGAACGAGACGGUGACGUCUAAUUCCUGAUAGUGAUAUACCGAAAGUCAUAGUCAUAUAUCAAACUGUAGUGACUUGGAGGCAAGAUCAAGUACAUGACGGUCCAUCUGUAACUCAUUUCUAACCGGCUUUGCAUUAAAACGGAAAUCAAAGUCAACUUUUACAGGUAGGGAGUCUCUUAAUAAAUUGUACCAUGAGGUGUCAAAAUUGCUGUCACCUGGCAGCUGUAGGUGUCCUAACGUUCAUGUUGGUGGACUAUGUUCAAAGUGCUACAAGGGAUUACUACACGAUUCUUGGAGUGAGCAGAAGUGCAUCACAAGGAGAGAUCAAGAAAGCCUUUCGGAAGCUAGCCAUUCAGUAUCAUCCAGACAAGAACAAGGAGCCUGAUGCAGAGAAGAAGUUCAUGGAGAUAGCUAAAGCCUAUGAAGUCCUUUCAGAUGAAGACAAAAGGAAACAGUAUGACAGAUUAGGAGCCAGUGCCUAUGAGAACCAGGGACAACAUGGUGGUGGAGGAAGAAGAGGUGGUGGUCCACAAUUUAAUUUCAACGAGUUCUACCGUGGUUUUGACAACAGCUUCCACCAGAGGAGAGGUCAUCAAGGGAGAGAUCAAAGACAGAAAAUGAAGUUUGGUGAUGGAUUCUUUGAUUUUGACUCUUUCUGGAAUGACUUUGAUGAUGACAGUUUGUUUGGUAACAUGGGAGGCUUUGGAAAUCAAGCUUUUGAUGGUUUUGGGAAUCACAGGGGUGGCGGCUUUCAGAAUCAGGGAUUUGAUGGAUUUGGGUCAGCAUUUGGAAAUGGACAUUUUGGAAAUGGGCAAUUUUCAGCACACAGACAGCAACAAAGAUCAUUUCAUUCAAGACAUGCAGCAGGUGGCAGAAGCUGUCGUACAGUGACGCAAAGAGUGGGUAAUACCAUCACUACAUAUACAGACUGUUCUUAAACCUCAAACCUUGAAGAUCAUAUCAGAAGGGCAAAACAACUAUACAUCACUGGAAAGAUGAUAUUAUACGAAGUAAAUACAAUUAUUCAAGCUUCAUGUAUUUCACCACUAAACAGAUGAGUUCCUUGCUUUAGAAAAGAUGUGCUCAGAUUUAUGAAUUUCUAAACUGUGAUUUAUUGCACAUUUCCCCCUACUGAAUUCUAUGAUGUCACUAUAUGUAAACAAAGUUGUGGUAACAUGCAUUUGAAUGUAUUAUUUUCUUUAUUUCCAGUAUGUAAAUUCCACAUUUUGAAAAGAAGUUGCACAGAAAAUUAUUUUCUGUUCAAAUUGAUGAAACUUUCAGCUCUCGAAUAUCUUGCAGAUAUUCGUGACACUUUGUUUGACAUACCAGUCAUGGUCAAAUAAGUAACAAAAAUCUCAUACAAAAUGUGGUCUAGAGUUGUUUUUCUGUACAUUUAAGCACCAAAUAUUGUACUGUAAAUUUGAUACUUCUGUGCAAAUUAUUUUCAGUGAUUCAAAUUUGUAAUCUGGAAAAAAAGAAAAUAUUGUUUUGGUUUUUCUUUUUUACAUAUGUACAACAGAUAUAAUCACUAUGAUAUCAUAGUCUUGGUGUGUAGGCAAUAAAUCCCAUUUGUGGGGCUUACAGAUUUGAGUGUUUCUAAAGCAAAUUCUUGGCAGCUAACAUAUUAAAAUCUAUUAAUCUUACAUAUAUUCAUUUUCUAACUUCUUAGCUUUCUAUUAGGGUAUACUUAAUCAAUUUUAUAUUUUGCUUCUGAUAUGGUCUUUAAAAAUAAUUACCUUCAGAGCUUCAGAUAUUAGUUGAGCAUUAUCAACUAUUAAAAAGGACUCAAUCUUUGUUCUUGAUGUAAACAACGAUUUGUUACUGCCUAAUUACGGUUGAUUAUGCACAUAUGAACUAGUUCAUCUGAUGAAUUGGGUUGAACAAUAUAUUCUAUGCAGAAAUUACAAACUAGAUCAUGAGAAUAAAGACAAUUUUUUUUUUAUUUAUAGAUUUUUUAGUUAAAUAAAUCAUGAAACAGGGUUGUGAUUUUGCUAUGUGUUGUAACAAAAAAAACUCCUCUAAUCAAUGUGUCAGCAACAAGUUAUAAAAUUAUUAAAAUUGUUGAGACAAAAAUGAGAACUGCCAUGCUCUUAUUCACAAUUUUCAUGUAACCUUUACUCUGUGACCUGAACCAAACUUGAGGUCGGCUCUAUGCCUGCCACAUUGGACAUGGAAGUUGGUUGUCACCUCUCCGCAUGUGCACACAUUAGGUGUCUGUCAGGGGCAUUUGGCAGACUUCACAAGAGAGGUUAACCCCCUCUCCCCAGAAAGUUCAAGCAGGGCCCUGAAAACUUUUUUUAUGGGGGUGCUGAUGUAAAUUUGACAAGCAAAAAAAGGGGGGUUCACUACAGAAUGAAGGUCUUUUUGAUCCCCCCCCCCCCCCCCCAAAAAAAAAAAAACCCACUACAUUACAUUUCUCCAUUUUCUGGCACCUACCAGAAUUCCAGGGAGUACUGCUGAUGGAGAAUAAUACAUGCAGCACCCCCAACCCCCCCCCCCCCCCCGGAAAAUCUUGGGGGUACUUCAGCACCCCUGCGUCCCAGGGCCAUGAGUUUAAAAACUCACAUUCUUUCAUCCAAUCAUGCAUUUCCUUUAAUAGCAUAGCAUGAACAUGAUCGAUGUACAUUAAGCACUUCUUUAAGUACACUUGAAAAAGAAGGGGUGUACAUGUCUGUUAUUGAUUGAGUCCAUUAUGUUAAAGGUCAAGUCCACCCCAGGAAAAUGCUGACUUGAAUAAAUAGAGAAAAAUCAAAGUUUCGCUUAUUUUUCACAAAACAGUGAUAUGCACAACGAGGUGACUCAGUCGAUGAUGUCUAUCACUCACUAUUUCUCUUGUGUUUUUAUUGUUUGAAUUAAUACAAUAUUCCAUUUUUUAUAGAUUUGACAAUAAGGACCAACUUGACUGAACCAUAUAGUAUUAAACAAUGCCAAUUCCACAUGUUCAGGGAGGAAUUAAUCGUUGUAUCACUUGACAAUGAGGAGAAAAUCAGAAUAUAUCAUAUGUCAUAUAAUAAAAUCAAAAGAAAUAGUGAGUGGAUGACGUCAUAGUCUCCUCAUUUGCAUACCAGCCAGGAUGUGCAUAUAACUGUUUUGUGAAAUUAAGCGAAACUUUAAAAUGUCAUAACUUUCUUAUUUUACAUCUGAUUUUGAUGAAAUUUUCAGUGUUAUGCUUAUUGGAUUUUUCUCCUUUUAUUCAAAUCAACUUUUUGUUGGGGUGGACUUGUCCUUUAAUCGUUUUCCUACCCAGUAUGUACAUGCCAUUUGCAAAAAGCCUAUUUGAAAUGUAUUACGUUCAGUACCAAAUCUAAUCAAGAUGACAAUGUAUAGCUGCUGAUCCUGAAACAUUUAUAGGAAAAUGACAUACAUCAGUAAAAAAAAACAUCUGUCAAAUCAACUUGACAUAAUUAUGUUCAGAAUAUCAGUCUCAUUCAUAUUUGUACUAUGCUAUGAGAUUUCUCUUUAGAGUCAUAUUCAAUUUGUAAUUUUCAAUAUAGUAAUCGCAGCAAUAACAGUAGUUAACAGUAUUAUGUAGCUCAUAUGAGAUGGGUUUCUGGUUCAUUAAAUUCUGAUCUAUAGGCUUUUCAUUUCAUCAACUUUCAUAAGAGAAAUCAAUUUAUUUAUUUAUAAAAAUUUAUUUAUGAUUUUUGUUGUCCUAUUGCAAGUUACAAAAUACUGAUAAAACAAAGAUGGGGCUUGAAUCCUAUCCUGUGUUUUCAAUACCAUUACUAUUCACAUGAUACAACAUUGUGUGUUGCAUUUCUCUUUAAUGAUAUACUUCCUUCCUCUUUGAAAUUCCAAUGGUCUCUUUUAGGACACUGCAUUUAUCUCAAACUUUUCAUGUCUAGAUAUCUUUUGUUAACACUGUCUGAUUUCAUUACAAGUAAUUUUUAGAGCAUCUCCAUUUUUCAUGUAUACUCUGUAAUGGUGGUUUUGGUUAAGUGUUUUAUCCAUGAACCCUUUUCUUCCUUUUUAUUGCUUGCUUUCAAGAGUACAUUCUAUUAGGUCUUCCAUUAUUCUGAAUGUACAUGGAAAUUUACAUAUUUAUUUCUUUUUUUCUUCAUCCAAAUGGAAUGUUUAUGAGAGUUGUAUGGAGGAAUGGGGAUUGUGUCUUAUUGGAGAUGUCAAGACAUGAAGUAGUUUUAAGCCAUAGCUUUCAUCUCUAUUGGCAAAAGCACUACUGAGUAGUUGCUCCUCUAGAAAGAGGAGUACUUUCUAAAUGCAAAAGAGCUAAUCUGGUCCCUAUUCGCAUUCCUUUUGGAGUGAGAUGAACUCACUCAUUUUUUAGUGCGAUAUGCAUCUUUCUAGAGGGGAUUUUACAUCUUUUUGGAGUGAAAGUGUCUAAAAAGAUGGACAGUUCACUCCAUAAUAAGCUAUAAUUUACUCUAUAAGGACAUACAGUUCACUCCAAAGGGAUUAGUCCCUACUAUCACUCCAAGAAGAGUGAUUAUGGACAAGAUAACAUGUAGCUCUUUUAUAUUUAGAGAGUAACAUCGCCUAAUGAGAUUGCUGUAGUGUUAUCAGCAAAUAUUAUUCCAUCUAAUAAGCUGUAUUCUAAUUUUUUCCAUAUUACUUUGGUGUGCAAUAAGUAGCAGGUCUGUAAAGGAAUUUACUUGUCUGAAUUAUCUAAAAUCAUGAUAUACAUUUUGUACAUGCUUGCUGCCUUGCUAAUGGGGUAAAUAAUUUAUAUACAAGCAUUAGUUUGCUCUUCCAGAAAUGGUGUAUUAUAUAAUUUGCUAUGUUUCAGAUUCUUUCUUGUUUUGUGUGUAUAUUGCAUUGAAUGGAGCUGGAAAAUAUUUAUUUUCAUGUAAUUUUUAAAAAAGAUUUAUGGAUAAUAAAGAAACUUUGAUAUUUGAAAUUUA